CUGAAAGAAAGCGUAGAGAUAUGAUCCAUGGAUUUGGCAAAAUGGAGGAAUCCCAAUUCUUUGGGAGGUGCUAAGUUAUGGCUGUGUGGAUCCAAGCUCAACAACUUCAAGGAGAUGCUCUUAGACAAAUGCAGGCCUUAUACGGACAACAUUUCCCCAUUGAGGUUCGCCAUUACCUCUCCCAGUGGAUUGAGGCACAGCCAUGGGAUUCUAUAGAUCUUGACAAUCCUCAGGAAGGUGUCAGAGCUGCACAAUUGUUGGACGGACUGAUCCAGGAACUUCAAAAAAAGGCAGACCACCAAGUGGGUGAGGACGGCUUCCUUCUAAAGAUCAAACUUGGUCAUUACGCCACUCAGCUACAGAAUACAUAUAAACACUGCCCUCUGGAGUUAGUACGCUGUAUCCGACACAUCCUAUACCACGAGCAACGUCUAGUACGAGAAGCUAGAAAUAGCCCUUUACUGGCCAGCAGCAUGGCUGAUGCCGUGACUCAGAAACAUCUUCAGAUCAACCAAACUUUUGAUGAAUUACGGCUGUUCACUCAGGACACUGAGAACCAACUGAAAAAGCUUCAGCAGCAUCAGGAAUAUUUCAUCAUCCAGUACCAAGAGAGCCUUCAUCUACAAGCCCAAUUUAGUCAGCUUUCUCAGCUAAGCCCACAGGAACGUAUGGUCCGUGAACCUACUUUGCAGCAAAAGAAGUCAUCCCUGGAAGCUUGGCUACACCGGGAGGCUCAGACACUGCAACAGUAUCGUGUAGAACUGGCUGAAAAGCACCAGCAGACACUGGCUUUGCUUCGCAAGCAGCAGACUAUAAUCUUGGAUGAUGAGUUGAUCCAGUGGAAGAGGAGGCAGCAACUGGCAGGAAAUGGUGGCCCUCCCGAGGGGCCUUUAGAUGGCUUGCAAGCAUGGUGUGAAAAACUGGCUGAAUUCAUUUGCCAGAACCGCCAACAAGUACGCCGUGCUGAACACUUAUACCAGCAGCUUCCUAUUCCUGGACCAAUUGAAGAGUUGCUCUCAGAUGUUAAUGGCACAGUAACAGACAUAAUUUCUGCGCUAGUCACUAGCACAUUCAUAAUAGAAAAGCAGCCUCCACAGGUGCUAAAAACUCAGACUAAGUUUGCAGCGACAGUACGGCUGCUGGUUGGAGGAAAGUUAAAUGUUCACAUGAACCCACCACAAGUAAAGGCCACCAUCAUCAGUGAGCAGCAAGCCAAAGCCCUACUGAAGAAUGAGAGUACCCGCAAUGAGUCCAGUGGUGAUAUCUUGAACAAUUCCUGUGUCAUGGAAUAUCAUCAGGCAACUGGAACACUGAGUGCUCAUUUCCGCAACAUGUCCUUGAAGCGGAUCAAGCGUUCAGAUCGUCGUGGUGCUGAGUCAGUGACUGAGGAGAAGUUCACCAUUCUCUUUGAGUCUCAUUUCAGUGUAGGUGGCAAUGAGCUGGUAUUCCAGGUGAAGACAUUAUCUCUGCCAGUGGUGGUAAUUGUGCAUGGCAGCCAGGAUAAUAAUGCCACUGCCACAGUGCUGUGGGACAACGCUUUUGCAGAGCCAGGACGUGUGCCCUUUGCUGUGCCAGACAAAGUGAUGUGGUCCCAGUUGUGUGAGGCUCUCAACAUGAAGUUCAAGUCUGAAGUCCAGAGCAGUCGUGGACUCACCAAAGAGAACCUCCUCUUUCUCGCCCAAAAGCUCUUCAAUAGCAACAUGAAUCAUCUGGAAGAUUAUAACAAUAUGACUGUCUCCUGGGCUCAGUUCAACAGGGAAAAUCUUCCAGGGAGAAAUUACACAUUCUGGCAGUGGUUUGAUGGAGUGAUGGAAGUCUUGAAGAAACAUCUGAAACCUCACUGGAAUGAUGGGGCUAUUCUAGGUUUUAUCAACAAGCAACAAGCACAUGAUUUGCUAAUCAGCAAACCAGAUGGAACUUUCCUCUUGAGGUUCAGUGACUCUGAAAUUGGAGGGAUCACAGUUGCCUGGAAGUUUGAAAAUGCUGAGAGAAUGUUCUGGAACUUAAUGCCCUUCACCACUCGUGACUUCUCCAUCCGCUCCCUGGCAGACCGCCUUGGUGAUCUUCCAUAUCUCACUUUUGUGUAUCCUGACAGACCCAAGGAAGAUGUUUUCUCCAAAUAUUAUAUGCCAAUCACUUCAGCAAAGGCUAUAGAUGGAUAUGUAAAGCCACAGAUCAAACAAGUUGUGCCAGAGUUUGCUGCCUCUUCAGGAGAUUCUAUGAGUGCAGGGACUUCCUACAUGGAACAAGCAUCAUCACCGGCUGUUUGCCCUCCUGCUCCUCACUACAACAUGUACACACAAAAUCCUGAUUCAGUGCUGGAUCCAGAAGGAGAAUUCGACUUGGAUGAUUCAAUGGAUGUGGCACGACAUGUGGAGGAAUUGCUGAGGCGCCCCAUUGACAACCAGUGGAUCUCCCAUAAUCAGUCUUGAUCCUGCCCCUUCCCUGGAGAGACCAUGAGGCAACUGUGAAAUAUUAAAAGCCCUUCCCUGAGGGAGUUUGUUGUAGCUGCUGUAAGAAUGGGUUUCCUCAUCCUGUGGGGGACCUCUGGCUGAGAGGGUAAGGUACCUGAGGGACAGUGGGUGCUGCUUCCCCCCUUGCCCAUGUGGGGAAGGCGGUAGAAUAUAUUGCUUGAUUUUCCAUCUGCUCUUUUGAGAAGCUUGCCUCAGGCUUUCCGCUUCUGCAUACCGUCUCCUUCUGCCAAGCUAUCCUUUCAUUUAUACUGGGAAUCCUUCUCUUCCUCUUCCUCCCAGACUGUAACACAUCGCCCUUCUCGCCUAGAAGCCUUUUGGUAUCUGGGACAAGAAGGGACUGAGCUACGGAGGAGAGUAUUCCUUAUUCAAAGCCUUGUCAUUUAAUGUCUGAUUUAUUUCUAUUCUUUGCUACUUCCAGGAUAAACACUCUGCAUUUGACUUACACUUCCAGGGUACGUGCCUGUAUGCAGCAUUCUGUGUAAAAGAGGCAUUCCCUCUGGGAGCUUUUUUUUUUUUUUUGGAGCCUCCAUGCAAUGCAGCCUAACCCUGCCCAAGUGCUCUGGAAUCUUUUUUUAAUGCCUAACCGUCCACUUCCAGCUUUUUCAAUUUACCUUGUUACAAUGAUGCUUGCUUACCUCCAAGUUCUUGCAUUUAGUGCUAUUGGCUUUUGACAUGUCAGAUGCUUCUUUCCUACGAAUCACAAACACAACAGAUUGUGGAGGAUGCUUCCAUUAAAAUACAGAAUUACAAUUAGAAUAAUGGUUUCCCUCUUCUUGAAUUUGAGGGUAGUGACUGGGGAACAGUUUCAAGGAUUUGACUGCUAAGUACAGAGGG